AGCCGGUCCUGUUCUGGCUAGCCAGCGGAAAACAGGUCUGUGCUGAUGGCAGGCACCAAGCUGUCAACAAUCUAGGCACAGCGUUAGCUGAAACGAAAGUGUGUGUGACCGUUUACCGUCUGCCUCCGUCAGGUGUUGCCCGUCCUUUCGGUGUAGCCAUACAAGGCUGCAGUGUUAUGGAUGAACCAUGAAGGCCCAAUUGCAAGUCACAGUGCUUUCAGCCAAGCUGAAGGAAAACAAAAAGAACUGGUUUGGUCCCAGUCCAUAUGUUGAGGUAGCUGUGGAUGGCCAGUCAAAGAGAACUGAGAAAUGCAACAACACGCAUAGUCCUAAAUGGAAGCAGGCUGUCACUGUAAUUGUGACUCCUGUCAGCAAGCUGAUCUUUCGUGUUUGGAGCCACCAGACACUGAAGGCAGACAUCCUACUAGGAAUGGCCACACUGGAGAUCAGUGAGACCCUUAAGGCUAAUGAUCUGAAAUUGUGUGAGGUGGUGCAGACACUGCAGCUGUCCUCUGACAGAGACUCCCGGGAUAUUGUAGGUGACCUGUCAGUCUGCUUGGAUGGCAUGCAGGUGGACCCAGAGACCUUUGCCUCGGCAGAGAGAAAUCAUGCUUCUGUUCCAAAUGGAAAAGCCAGACAAAAUGGAGACACUGGCAAAAGGGCCAGCAUAGACAUGUCUCCCUCCAGUGACUCAGACGAGUGGGUCAUCGUACCUAAUGGUCAUGCUGUGAACGGUACAGGCUCUCCUUCCCGGUCUCCAGGGGGCUCCACUGCUUUACGUCCCCCUAGACCUGCUCGCCCGCCACCUCCUACACCCCGUAGACCUGCAGCCUCACCAACUUCUUCUAGCAGUUCUACUCCCAGUGAGCUGAGCGAAGGCCCAGCUACCGAUGGCUCCUCUCAGGCAUCCGCAAGCGGGUGUUCAGAUCAGCAAGAUGACUCCGGUGCAGGUGCAGGUGCAGGUGCAGGAGCAGCAACAGCGAGUUCCUCACAGACAACAAGUGUCCCCAAACCAGGGGCCUCUGCCUCAGCAGCUCCAGCCGCAGCUGCUCCUAGAAUCACACCCAUGAACAACGGUCCCUUGCCACCAGGGUGGGAGCAAAGGGUGGACCAAAACGGACGUAUGUACUACGUGGAUCACAUUGAGAAAAGAACAACCUGGGAGAGGCCUGAUCCUCUGCCUACAGGGUGGGAGCGCAGGGUGGACCCGAUGGGUAGGGUGUACUAUGUCGACCACAUGACCCGAACUACCACGUGGCAACGCCCCACGCAGGAGUCAGUGCGUAAUUAUGAGGAGUGGCAGCACCAGCGUAGCCAACUGCAGGGAGCCAUGCAGCAGUUUAACCAGAGGUUCAUUUAUGGGCUCCAAGACCAGCUGGCAGCCACAGCCAAUAAAGAGUUUGACCCAAUGGGACCUUUGCCGCAUGGUUGGGAGAAGAGAACAGACACCAACGGCAGAGUGUAUUUUGUUCAUCACCCGACUCGAACGACACAGUGGGAAGACCCCAGGACGCAAGGGUUGCUGAAUGACAAGCCUCUGCCAGAGGGCUGGGAGAUGAGGUUCACGGUGGAUGGUAUUCCCUACUUUGUAGACCACAACAGACGAACCACAACCUACAUUGACCCUCGCACAGGAAAAUCCUCGCUUGAGAAUGGACCACAGAUAACCUACGUCAGGGACUUCAAAGCCAAAGUGCAAUACUUCAGAUUCUGGUGUCAGCAAUUGUCGAUGCCUCAGCACAUUAAGAUUACCGUCUCCAGGAAAACCUUGUUUGAGGAUUCAUUCCAACAGAUCAUGAGCUUCCACCCUCAAGAUCUGAGGCGGAGACUUUGGAUUAUUUUCCCUGGAGAGGAAGGCUUGGACUACGGAGGCGUGGCCAGGGAAUGGUUCUUCUUGCUUUCUCAUGAGGUACUGAACCCCAUGUACUGUUUAUUCGAGUAUGCUGGCAAGGACAACUACUGCCUGCAAAUCAACCCUGCCUCCUACAUCAACCCUGAUCACCUCAAGUACUUCAAGUUCAUCGGGCGCUUCAUUGCCAUGGCCUUGUUCCACGGCAAAUUCAUCGACACAGGUUUCUCCCUGCCCUUCUACAAGCGUAUCCUGAACAAACCUCUGGCUCUCAAAGACCUGGAGUCCAUAGAUCCAGAGUUUUACAACUCUCUCAUCUGGAUCAAGGACAAUAACAUAGAGGAGUGUGGUCUGGAGAUGUUCUUCUCAGUAGACAAGGAGAUCCUGGGGGAGGUCACCACCCACGAGCUGAAACCAGACGGAGGGAACGUUCAAGUAACUGAGGAAAAUAAGGAGGAAUACAUCAGGUUAGUUGCAGAGUGGAGGCUGUCCAGAGGUGUGGAGGAGCAGACUCAGGCUUUCUUUGAGGGCUUCAAUGAAGUUCUGCCCCAGCAGUACCUUCAGUACUUUGAUGCUAAGGAAUUAGAGGUGAUGCUGUGCGGGAUGCAAGAGAUAGACCUGGUGGACUGGCAGAGAAACACCAUCUACAGACAUUAUGCCCGAAGUAGCAAGCAGAUCCUUUGGUUCUGGCAGUUUGUAAAGGAGAUGGACAACGAGAAGAGGAUGAGACUGCUGCAGUUUGUCACAGGAACUUGUCGUCUUCCUGUGGGUGGCUUCGCUGACCUGAUGGGAAGCAACGGCCCCCAAAAGUUCUGCAUUGAGAAAGUGGGCAAAGAGAACUGGCUUCCACGAAGCCACACAUGCUUUAAUCGUCUGGACCUUCCUCCUUACAAGAGCUAUGAGCAGCUGAAGGAGAAACUCAUGUUCGCCAUAGAGGAGACAGAGGGCUUUGGGCAGGAGUAACAAGAGCAGGAGCGACAGGAUGGGAGGGAGGAACCAUAUCCAUUUCUGACAAGAGUGCUUUUCGACAGAUUCUCUUUGCAGCCAGGAGCUGCUUAUGAACUGGUAGAUAGACGUACACAUUUUUAUUUUCUGUCACAUUAUCAUAUGCGAUAACAGCUGUUCCCGAGCUGUGUUGUCAUAAAUUAAUUUCUCCCCCCGCAAGAGACCUGUGAAUCCUCCUCACCCUAUGUCACUUCUCACGUAUAUGAUCAGUUCCGCCCUAAUCCAGCUGAUCUCACCCGGCUCAGCCCACUAUGAGACGAUGAAGGCAGAAGAGACGCCUUUCUCACCAUGUCAUGUCUGCACUCGCUGUACAUUACGCAAGUGCAGUUUCUACACGUAUUCAUGUGAAUCUGUGCAUCUCUUCUCAAGAGCCUCCAUGUCAGGCCUAUGCACUAGAAUAACAAUUUCAAAGCAAAGAACCAUGUUUGUGCAUUUUGACUUGUAUUAAAAAAAAAGGUUCAUAUCUCAAAGAAAUGAUAAAAGGCACAUACAUGGUUUUAGGUUUCUCAGACCCAAUUUUUUUUUUUUCUUGAAAGGACGAAUGAAUGGAUGUUUUUUUUUUUUUUUUUUUUUUUUUCCAACAGCUGACUGACUGGACUGACUAGAAUCCUGUAGCACAUAUUCAGUUUCUUUAAUAACUUUGAUAAGUGUAAUCAUGCUAAUUGUAAUAAUAAUUUCUCUUAUUUUGACAGGUUGAUUUCCUAACUUUGAGUUCAAACUUUUAACUAGUUUGCACAUGUGAGCAGUAAGACAGUUGUGAUUGUUCUUGAGAGAAGUUGUAUUUUUAUGUGCAAUAGUUUUGUAGAAAACAUUUUUGCCAAUAAUAGAACCAAACAAUAGUUUGUUUGAUCAUUUUCUAAGAAUUUGGUAAGUUUCACCAUUUACUAUUGAUUUAAUUCUUCAAUAUGAAGUGGAGGACAUUUGCAUAUUAGCAAGUGUAUUUGGUGAAACUGGUUUGGUUGUGAUUUCAUUUGACAAACCUUGACUUCCCAAAAUGCUUCGUGCUGUAUGUAAUAUAAGCAUAUUUGACUGUGGAUGGUCACGUCCUUUAUCAGAGAGGGAGACUUAAUGUGUGAAGGAUUUUCUUGAUGAGUAAGAGCUGUUACUGAUGAAGUGGGAGCAUUAGAAUAUAUUGCAUCAUAGAAAAAAAAAAGUAUAAUAAUUACCUAUUCCCACUGAAUGGUAGCAAAUUCUCUGGUAGAUGUCCAGAAUUAAGUAUUAUCCUAGAUAAUUAAGAUGCUGAAUCUUAACUGUUAAAUGUGUUAAGUGACUAAUGCAGUUUAUGUAAAUACUUACAAAGUAGAAACAUGUGUUAAAUAUCUUCAUAUAAUUUACCCAGGCAGAGGACCCCUUUUAGUUGCAGGCAUAAGUUGAGAAUUCAGAUUUGAAGUGAAGUAAUAGCAAGUGGCCCUAGUUUUAUAGGGUGUUAGGUAUUCAGAUUUGUACAGUUAUAGUGUAAUUCAUAUAAGCUCUGCUAACAUCAAACUAGUUUUGUUUUUAGUAUCAGGUGGAGUAUCACUUUAAAUGACUGUGGAAUCAGUACCAAAGUAUAUUUUUUGUAAACCAUUUGACUUAAUAAGAACAAAGUCACCAAAAAUAAUUAUUUACUUACCUUAAAUUAUUACACAUUGGUUGUCGCUAGUCAGUUGUCCUGUAUUUCACUCGUUAUAAGGAGCAGUCAGUAAUCCAAAUGAAAACUAAAAGAGGUACCUACACUUAGAAAUCCAAAACUUAAAACCUGCCAUCACCCAAAUUUAUUGAAGAGGAGUUAAAUAUAAAAUAUAUUUUUCUAUUGGUUAAAAACUAGGAGUGACUAGGUAAUUUACAGCAGUUUUCCGUAAGUCAGUUCUCAACCUUUCUUGGAUUUUUUUUUUUUUUUUUACUCUUUGUCACUGUGGAUUUGAAAUGUUUGUUUAACAGGCCUGUUAGUAACAUGGAUUUGUAUUUAUACACAGUAAUAACUUUAACUGUCCAAACAUUAAGCUGUGGAUUAUGUUUACUAGCAACAUGGUGUAAAUUACUUGGUAUAAUUGCAGUGUAUGUUUUAUUGAAUGCUAAAAAUUCAGAAUAAUAAUUUGAAAAAGUUCCCUGAAGUUCCCAGUAAAAUGCAAAAUGAUGUAACCUCAAAUUUUGCUACAUAUUUUCACUUGAUACAUAAUAGUGUCAAAUGUCUUUGAGUUAUCUCACAGUUUCCCUUCAUCUCUGGCAGUAAUUAAGUACAUACACACCUACAAAAAUCUUUCUCCGUGAGUAGCUACCAUUAUGCGCAUUUUGCAGAGAUUGUUAUUAAGAAAAGAGGCAGUUAACAGUUUACAAAUGUUAUAUGAACGACUAAUGAUAGCACCUUGUCACUCCAAAAUGGUCGAAUUAACCACUUCACUGUUUAAUCACUGCUGCAUUCCUGAUCAUGGGGCAGUUAGAUGUAUAGAAAUAUGCAAAGUAGUGAUUUAGUUGUACUGAUUGCAUUGUAAAUCAUGUUGAUAGUGUAAUCACUGUUUUUUUUUUUUUUUUUGAAGCUCUAACUUUUUUGAUAACUAGAAGUCAAUGGUUGAAUACUAUUUAUUAGUAGGAUGGGUUUCAUGUAACAAUGGAUUGGAUUGAUUGAGAGAAAAAAACAGUAAUAAAAUGAUUCAAACACUGGGCUCCUGCA